UCCGCCUCCUCUCAACGGCAACUUCACUUCGAACCACAGCAGUGCAGCCAUCUUUGCACCGCGACUCUACAGUGCUUCUAAUCCGGAAAAAGGAGCCUUCGUCUUCUGUAAAAACAGUGAAAAUUCACUAAAAGUCACAAUGGGCGAUUGUACAUUUGGAGCUGGCCGUUUUCGACGCAUUACUCGGCGAAAACACUCGGAAACCACCGACGGUGUUUAGCCGGUAGCGAAUCCUCUGGAAUGACAGUUGAAGCCAUUAGGACCGCCUUAUACGCUCCGGAACAGCCAAUCACAGCCCAGCUAAGUGCCCCCACCAAGGACGCCCAGUGUGUUAGCGCAUGCGCGAGUCACUUGGUAAGUACCUCACGAGUAGUCACUUCUCGCUCGCUCGCGGGAGAGUAAAGAUGGCGGCUGUCCCUGGUCUGCUGGACGAUCUUAAAUUACACACAGAGGAAGGAACAAGCUGACAGGGGGAUGAGUACAUGUAUCAAAGCGUAGCCCCAUCACUUUCUUCGUUGGAAAGUUAAGCGAAUGGGGUCUCGACGUAACGACGCCCCCAUGGUUAGUCGACGGACUUUACCACGGGACACGACGUUGACAAAACACUCAUUAUCAGAGUCGGAGUGACUUAUCUCUUCACUCGUCAAGCGGAAGUGGGCGCAGACUCUGCGCGGACUUUUCGACCACCAAGAAUGAACUGUCACAGUUCAGGAAGCGCUGUUCCUCCCGUGGGGACGACAGCGACAAGUUGUAGCAGCGGCAGCUGUCCCAUGACAUCUGUCACAACUGUCAGUGGCGCUGGACUCGUUUUGUCUAAGGGGCCCGGCGCUGCCGUCGUGGCCCCCACUGUCAUCCAGACUCCUGUCCCCCACUCGCAGGGUGUGAUCGCCUCAACUCCGACCGUGACUCCGGCAUCGGGAGCCACUGUGACUCUGGUUCGGCCUCCUGUGCACACGGUGCAAGCGGGUCCGACUCUAAACGGGAACAAUGACGAGAAACCUGUGGCGGUUGCCAAGACAACCAGCCAGACGGGUAUUCAGUCGCUCAACUCGGUGGCGCGCACCAUCAAGGAAGAGCCCACCUCCACCUCCACCAUACAGGCUCCACAGCAGCAGGUUGCCACCUCAGAUGCCCCUCGAGCUGCUGGUCCAGGUGGGAUCCAAACAUUGACGCAGCAGAUAUUGUCGCCCAGGCUCCCUCUGCCAUCCACCGGUCAGCCCAGUAUCCAUAACAUCCAACUUCCCCCCGGGAUGGUGCUUGUACGCAGUGAGAGUGGGCAGUUGUUGAUGAUUCCUCAGCAGGCUCUGGCCCAGAUGCAGGCACAGGCGCAAGGAGGCAUGGCUCCCCGGACUGCCACACCGACAAACAUGUCUCCAGGCCAGGCUCCUGGAAAUCCCACCAUCAGCAGGCCAACAGCUCCCACCACCAUUAUCCGGCAGAGCUGUCCGACUCCGACCACACUGCCUGCCACCACCACUCUUCAUAGGCCUCCUAUUCUUCAGAGUUCAGCGGGGACGGCAGUACCCGGAAUAACCCAGAGGAUUCAAACAGCUGGGACCACAGUUACAUCAGUCACAAUGAGUAAAGAGACAAUGGAAAAUGUCAACAAAUGUCGGAACUUCCUGUCUACGCUGAUCAAGCUGACUUGUACUGGCAAGCGAUCAAGCGAGGCUGCAGCCAGUGUGAAACAGCUGGUUAAAGACCUGCUGGAGAAUAAACUGGAAGCUGAGGAAUUCACCAGCAGACUAUAUAAAGAGCUCAACUCCUCGCCACAACCAUACCUCGUGCCUUUCCUUGAGAAAAAUCUUCCUGCCUUGAGGCAACUUACCCCAGACUCAGCUGCCUUCAUCCAGCAGAGUCAGCUUCCCCAGCCAGCAUCCAGUCCUGCCGUGUCCUCCUCACCAAGCCCCACCACAGUGGUACUGAGUAGCCAUGCUCCUCGGCUCACAGCUCAGAUCAACAGACCCCAGCUUCAGACGAACGCCAGCAAGCCCGGACAGACUCCGUCACUUGUUCUCCAGCCUCAGCAUCAGAGAGCAGUGCUGAGACCUCAGGUCCCAUUAGCAGUGUCCCCCAUGGUGAAUCUCAGGCAUCAGGCCCCUGGUCGCAUCGUGCUGGGACAGCCGCAGGUCCAGCUGAAGGAGCUGCAGCAGUUUCCCGUGAAGUCCGAGGGGUCACCUGUUUGUAGGCAGAGCUCGCCUGCAGUCCUGGCUCUAGCUCAAAAGAAUAGGCUGAAAGAAGCGGGCAGUACUUUCAAAGAGGACGAUGACAUUAAUGAUGUAGCGUCCAUGGCUGGAGUAAAUCUAUCCGAGGAAAGUGCCAACAUCCUAGCAACCAAUUCAGGACUCGUAGGAGCGGUGACACGUUCCUGUAAGGACGAGGCUUUUAUUUCCUGUGCCGUGUUGCAGAGGAGAAUGCUGGAGAUUGGUCGCAGGUUUGGCGUGACGGACUUCAGUUCAGAGGUGAUCAAUUUCGUCUCACACGCCACUCAGCAGCGACUCCGUGAUCUGGUGGAAAGGGUUUCACUCGUGGCCCAGCAGAAAAACGGCAAUUUCAAGGAGGAGGACAACCAUGAACAGAGCAGCGAUGUUCGUGCUCAGCUGAAGUUCUUUGAGCAGCUGGACCAGUUGGAGAAACAGCGGAAGGAAGAGCAGGAGAGGGAGAUCCUUUUAAAGGCCGCUAAGUCUCGAGCUCGUCAAGAAGACCCAGAGCAGCUACGUUUGAAGCAGAAAGCAAAAGAGAUGCAGCAGCAGGAGCUGGCCCAGAUGAGACAGAGGGAGGCUAAUCUGACUGCUUUGGCUGCCAUCGGCCCGAGAAAGAAGAGGAAGAUUCCGGACUCGCCUUCCGCCUCUGCUGUAGCGGAGGGAUCGUCUCCAUCUGUGUCAGGAGGCGCCGGUUCAUCAGGAUCCAGACCCACACGGCAACGCAUCACGCGUGUCAAUCUCAGGGACUUGCUCUUCUGUUUGGAGAACGAGAGAUUUACCAGUAACUCCUAUUUCUUAUACAAGGGCUUUCUCAAAUAGGUAAGGUGUCCAAUAGGAGGCCGGGGGGUCUGGUGUGUGACGAGAGGGCAGAAGAGGCCCUUAUUGGAUUUCCCUUUGUUGUCAGAUCACUGUAUAUAUUGAAUCACUCUCUACCUCCCCCCCAAGGACUCAAUGACCUUUCCUGAGCAGCAAUGGACUUUCUGGAAAAGCUUUUUGCAAAUGUUAGUAUGCACUGUAACUCGCUAGUUAUUCAUUUUCUUACUCUUGGUGUGUGCAUUAGAAUCGGAAGCACUGAAACCACCUUGCUACUUUCUAGGAAAUGACGAUCUUUUACUUAACGGAAUUAGUAAUACACUCCUGGUCAGGCUUUUAAGACUGUUGGAACAAUGGCAGGUGUUUACAUUUUGCACUAUUGGAUCCUAGGGAGGUUCUAAGUACGGCUCACAAUGCACUAAAGCAAAGGGGAGUGAGGCAA